GGAGGAGAAAGAAGCCAAGGAGGCGGCUCUAGCGCUCGCAGGCCGUGCCACCUGCCCGAUCACUCUCUGCCGUCGCGCUCCUUACCGCCAACAUGCUGCCGAGACUGGGCGGCCCCGCUCUGCCGCUGCUGCUGUCGCCGCUGCUGCUGUUGCUGGGAGUGGGAGGCGGUGGCCUCGGGGCGCGCGCCGAGGUGCUGUUCCGCUGCCCGCUCUGCACUCCUGAGCGCCUGGCCGUCUGCGGGCCGCCGCCGGCCGCGCCACCCGCCGCGGUGGCCGGAGCGGCCACCGGCGCUCGUGCGCCCUGCGCGGAGCUGGUCCGGGAGCCGGGCUGCGGCUGCUGCUCGGUGUGCGCCCGGAUGGAGGGCGAGGCGUGCGGCGUCUACACCCCGCGCUGCGCCCAGGGGCUGCGCUGCUAUCCCGACCCGGACUCCGAGCUGCCCCUGCAGGCGCUGGUCAUGGGCGAGGGCACUUGCGAAAAGCGCCGGGACGCGGAGUACGGCGCCAGCCCGGAGCAGGUUGCAGGUAAGGCGGGCUGGACAGCUAGUUGGGAGAAACUUGGAGGGCAGCGGAGGAGCCUGGCUGGCUGCCGCUGGGUAGCGAAGGAGUGUGCAGCGGGACCCCAGGGAUUGUUUCUGCAUCCUGUCUCUCGGUCACUGCAGACCAUGCUCUUCUUUUUCCUGGGCCUUUCCUGCUACUGGCCCAGUCCUUCCCAAGGUGCAGCCCUGGUGUUGGGUGGCCUGUUACUGACUCCAAGUGUCCUCUGCGCCUGUCUGUUCUCCCAGACUCCCUGCCAGCAGGAACUGGACCAGGUCCUGGAGCGGAUCUCCACCAUGCGCCUUCCAGAUGAGCGGGGCCCUCUGGAGCACCUGUACUCCCUGCACAUCCCCAACUGUGACAAGCAUGGCCUGUACAACCUCAAACAGUGCAAGAUGUCUCUGAAUGGGCAGCGUGGGGAGUGCUGGUGUGUGAACCCCAACACUGGGAAGCUGAUCCAAGGAGCCCCCACCAUCCGGGGGGACCCUGAGUGUCAUCUCUUCUACAAUGAGCAGCAGGAGGCUCGCGGGGUGCACACCCAGCGGGUGCAGUAAGCCACAGCCAGCGGUGCCUGGCCCUCCACCCCACCCUUCUCCAGACACCAGCAGAAGAUGGAGAGUGCUUGAGUGGUUGGUGGUGGGGAUCUUCCAGGAGUUCUUGACCUGUGUAUUUAUAUUUGGCAAGAGACCAGCACCGAACCCAGCUCAGCACCCUCCCUUGCUUCCCCCCUCAUUCCCCGGCUGGAGAUGCCUGCCCCCUUCCCUGCUUGCCCCCUCCCUGGGGGGGAAGAGGAGCUGUGGUGAGGGAGCCGGGGUAAAGCCUUGGGAGGGGGGGAAAGAAAUUUUUAUUUUUGAACCCCUGUGUCUCUUUUGCUUAAGAUUAAAAAAAGGAAAACUAAA